UUUGUCUAAGACGAAGACGUUUGAUCUACCGUACAUUCCGAUUUCGUUGUCUGAAAAAGAAAACAAAUGGAUGGUUCCAAAGGGUUGAGUACUGAGCGAUUGAAGGAAGAUAGGAUAAGCCAGUUACCUGAUCCUUUGAUAUGUCACAUUCUUUCCCAUCUUCCCACAAAAGAAGCUGUUACCACAAGCGUUUUGUCCACCAGGUGGAGGAGUCUCUGGCUUUGGGUUCCUAAUUUGGAAUUGGAUUCCCGAGAUUUCUCUGAUUUCAAUGCCUUUGCGAGUUUUGGUGACAGGUUUUUCGAUUCUGAUAGGGUGUCAUGCAUACACAAACUCAAGUUAGCUAUUAAUGGAAAUGGUGAUGGUGUUGAUGAUACAUCUUAUAUCAAAUCAUGGAUUGAUGCUGCAGUUAAGCGUAAGGUCCAACAUCUACGUGUUAUGUGGUUUGUAAAGUAUGGUGAGAUGCCCCUAAGCUUUUAUGUGUGUGAGACACUGGUAUCUUUAAAUCUCGUUUGUGUAGCUUUGGAUGAUGUCGAGUUUGUCUCCUUCCCUCGUCUUAAGACUAUGCAUUUACUUUGUGUUCGUCUUUCCAAGGAUGCCGCUUUUGAGAGAUUUAUCUCUUGCUGUCCUGUCUUGGAAGACUUAAGAAUCGCCGGUUGUGUGAAUGAGCCUCUAUCCUUUAGGGUGCACUCUCAGUCACUGAAAAGGCUCAUUAUUGGACGAGGGAGAAGUCUCAUCCAUAGUUUUCUGUCAGGGAUCUUGAAGGUUGGGGAUUUGACGAUAAAUUCAGACACUUUGAAGAUCAUUUAUGACUAUUCCAAAUCAGAGUCGCUGCCGCAAUUUGGUUAUAUGUCACGCCUAUGCGUUUCUGUCAUGGCACAAUAUUUGACAUGGUUGGAACCAUUUCUUAAGAGCUGCCCGAAUCUGAGAUCCCUAGUCUUGGUGUUUCCUAAUAGUCUUCCGGAGAGGAUGAAUCAAAUCAACUUUUCAUGUGUGCCCAAGUGUUUGCAAUCCUCUGUCGAGUUUGUUGAUCUCAAAUUCCAAAUCUCGGGACCUGUUACAGAAAUGAAAAUGAAGCUAGUAAGGUACUUCUUAGAGAAUUCGGCUAUACUCAAGAAACUCACUCUACAUAUGUAUUCUAAUUCAACAGAAGAUGAAAUCUUGACGAAACUCUUGCAAAUCCCAAGAGCCUCUACCAAAUGUGAGGUUGUCAUUGUCAUAAAGUAAAUCGGUUGAUGCAUGUAGUCUUUCUGAAUUUUCAGUGACAGCUCAUGUGGUUCUUAUAUCAGCUCAAAUGUUUGAAAUC